AUGCGCUCCUGUUUUCUGAGGUUCUUCAGUCCCAGUAGAUGUGGUAGUUUCAGUAGCGUUAGCUUUACUGGAAAGCCUCAUUUACUUAUGACGUGGAGAAAACUAAAUUCUGAAAGCGAUCGUUCCGUGGUGGGAACCAACAAUCAAUACUUAGUUUACGAAAGCCCACACCGUAGACUUGUCUUAGGCGCUAAGACAUUUUCAGUGCUUUCCAGUUCUAUCGUUCUCUUUUCACAACCUAUUUUGUUUUUUCAAAUCCCUGAUCCGAAGGUAUUUUGUUUCGCUCUUGUUAGUGGCCUGUUGUUCUCCCUUUCUACUCCGCUCUUGCUGCAUCUUUUGACUUCUAGUCAUGUUACAGAAUUAUAUUAUGACAAGGAAAGCAAAAAGUUUACUGCUUGUCUAAAAGGAAUACUUCUCAAUACCAAGAAAUUGGAAUUCACUGCUGAAGAUGUCAAAUACAUCGAGCCGACCAUCACAAUGGCAAGCAUUAUGGCCAAAGGUGUACCGUUAUUUGUUUCAGAAGAUCACUUCAAAGAUAUUGAAGUGUAUAAACAAUUAGUGCGAUUUAAUGAGCCAGUGGAUGUAAAAAAAUUCUGA